UCAGUCCAUGCAGACUUUCAGCAACUAACGUGUUUAUUUGUGAUUUGGAGCACCAGCAACUUUUUGUUCCUCUCGUGCUGGCCCACUGGUCCGGUGGAAAUCGGACGGCUACUGUUCGUAGUCCAUCGCACUGGCAAGGUUAUACGUGUCACAGUUUCAUUCCUAUCUUGUUCUUAUCGUGAGGUGGCAGAGCAUGCGAUUGCGUCAGCAAUUGCACGUACACGCGGCAAUAAUAGAAGACAUUCUCCGCUCUCCAGUUUCCACUAGCCAAACCAGAGUCAGUACUGGUAUCAGCAGAAGCGAUGAUGCAAGCGAUGGAGUUGAAGCACAACAACACUCACAUCGAGCAAUGUCUCGAAGGUCGUCAAUGGUGGAGAGAGAAGAAGGUGAAGGAUAUGAUGGUGCAGAAGAGGAAGCUGGUGGAGGUUCCUUACAUGGCUACGCUGACCCACACGAUCAACGCCUUGGUGACCAACCGUGUGGUGGCCGUGCCCGUGGCUGCUCCGCCUGGCCACUGGAUCGGCGCCGGUGGGUCCAUGAUCCUGGAGUCCGACAAGCUCACCGGCGCUCCACGGAAGCACUACAUCGGUAUGGUCAACAUGCUUGACGUCCUGACCCACAUAGCCGAAAACGGCGAUUGCGGCGACCUGGACAAGCGGAUGUCUGUUCCCGUCUCAUCCAUCAUCGGCCAUUGCCUUGAAGGUCUCAGUUUGUGGACUCUCAACCCCAAUACCAGCAUUCUAGAUUGCAUGGAAGUGUUGAGCAAGGGUAUCCACCGUGCUUUGGUUCCAGUGGACGGCUAUACGCAGCGCCUCUCUGGAGCAGAACUGACGGAAUCCGCGUCUAGUUAUCAGAUGCUUACUCAAAUGGAUGUGUUAAAUUUCUUGAGGUUGCACGGAUCUGAAAUGGGCCGAAUCGUUUCGCGCAGUGUAGGGGAAUUGGGCGCCAUUGCUGAAAAUGUUUUUGGUGUAACUAAUCGGGCAAAAGUUAUAGAUACUAUCAAAUGCAUGAGGACUGCCUCCCUUAAUGCUGUUCCCAUCAUCGAAGCUUCAGAAGCUGUGGAGGAAGAUCACACGCAGCUUAUCUAUGGAAAAGGGAGGAAGCUCAUAGGCACAUUCUCUGCAACUGAUCUGAGGGGAUGCCCAAUUGCUUCAUUGCAGUCCUGCUUGUCUGUUGGCGUUCUAGAGUUCAUUGAGAAAGCCUCAACAGCACCCAAUGGUGUUGCAGAUGAUCUAAGCCAUUCAGCAAGAGAGCUUGUGAGCUGCUACCCCGAUACAAGCCUUGCUGAAGUAAUUGACAAGGCUGUGGUUGCUCAUGUUCACCGAGUUUGGGUUGUGGACCAACAGGGUUUGCUUGUGGGACUUGUAUCACUCACGGACAUGCUUCGAGUGAUAAGGUCAUCACUCUUGUCAGAGUUUGGAACAAAAUGAGUAGCUGUAAUUAAUGCUGAUGGGUUUUGCUAUGGCAGGUGAUGCUUGAGUUAAUAUCUCUGAUCUUGAUGUGUUUUGGCUGCCUGUGUUGAUGUUCCAAACCUUCUUUGUACCAGUUAACAUGUAAAUAGACCCUUCUGAAUUUUCUACCAUUUCAUGCUUUUCUGGAAAACCUGUGACUCAGGAAUGUGAAGCACUGCAAUUUUCAGGGGCACAA